UUGGAACCGCGAAUAAGGGAGCUUCAUAAGAAACAAAUUCAAUCCUUCUUUUUCCAGCUGACAAAGGAAACUCAGAGCUCCUCCGUAAUAUCGGACUACAAGUCCCAGCAUGCUCUGUAAAACGGACAGAGCGCCGGGCCACCGUCGUAGGUGUGGGCCACUUGAAUGGAACGUUGGGCGUAAUGCAAAGCUUUCCACGGUCCGCGCGGCUGGUACCUGCUCCUUGGGCGUGAGUGCAGCGUGUGGGUCGUGCGCGUGCGCGCUCGCCGGAGGCGCGGGGCGGUUGUGCCGGACCGUUGCGGGCGUGAGGCUGCUGAGGGGUGCCGCGCGCCCGAAAGACCGGUACUUGCGGGGCCUCUAGCUUCGCCCCGGGCUGCGGGCAGCCCUGGCGGCCGCCGGAGACCGCAAAGGGCGGAGGAAAGCAGGGGGCGGCGGGGGCCGGCCUCGGAACGCGGAGGAACAGCCGAGCAUGCCCCGAGAAAACAUGGCCUCCCUGAUCCAACGGAUCGCCCGCCAGGCGUGCCUCACCUUCCGGGGCAGCGGGGGCGGCCGCAGCGCUUCCGACCUCGGCGCAGCACCGGGCCCCGAGGCCCAGAUGCCGCAGAGCUUUCCGGAGAACCUGAGCAAGCUGAAGAACCUGCUGACCCAAGUCCGCGCCGAGGACCUGAAUAUCGCCCCGCGUAAGGCCACGCUGCAGCCAUUACCGCCCAACCUGCCGCCGGUCACCUACAUGCACAUCUACGAAACCGACGGCUUCAGUCUCGGCGUGUUCCUGCUCAAGAGCGGCACGUCCAUCCCAUUGCACGACCACCCGGGCAUGCAUGGCAUGCUCAAAGUGCUCUAUGGCACCGUUCGCAUCAGCUGCAUGGACAAACUGGAGGCGGGCUGCGGGCAACAGCCGCGGGCCCCGCCGCCGGAGCAGCAGUUCGAACCGCCGCUGCAGGCCCGGGAGCGGGACGCCGUGCGGCCAGGCGUGCUGCGCUCGCGGGCCGAGUACACCGAGGCCAGCGGCCCCUGUGUCCUCACUCCGCACCAGGACAACCUGCACCAGAUCGACGCUGUGGACGGACCCGCCGCCUUCCUGGACAUUCUGGCCCCGCCCUAUGACCCCGACGAUGGCCGGGACUGCCAUUAUUACCGGGUGCUGGAGCCCGUCAGGGACAAGGAGGCCUCCGGCUCGGCCUGUGACCUGCCCCGAGAGGUGUGGCUCCUGGAGACCCCGCAAGCCGAUGACUUCUGGUGCGAGGGGGAGCCCUAUCCAGGUCCCAAAGUCUUCCCUUGAAGCCGCUCGCGCCCGGCUGCUGUGGGCCGAAGACAUGCCCUGUUCACAUCUGGGCCUCGCUGCCCGCGACCCACCAUAAGGGCUCUCUCCGUACCCCCAGGCCUGGGCGUUGGAUCUACUGGAAUAGGCUGUAGCCGCUUCCUCCGGAGCCGUGGGAAGCGCUGACGUCUGGGGUGCAGCCACGGGGCCGGGUUAGGGGGUGGGGAAGGCGGGUAGACUAGGUUGUUUCCUGGCUCUGUCACUGCCACCGGGGUUUUGAUUUGGGGGAA